ACCAAAAACACCAACAGCCCCUGAAUUAUUCGUCUUCCUGCUUUCUUGUUAAUCGAUUGAAACAAUACCAGUUUUGUUUCUCAACAGAAGAAGAUUGAUUUCAUCAUUCUUGGUUUUGCUUUGAAACCAUGGCUUCCGUUAAAGUAACUCCAAAGUCUCUCUUUGCCUUCGAGCCGUGCGUCUGCGACCCCCGCGACUCCUCCUCCUCUUCGUACCUCGCCUUCGUACGAGAGAAUAGCUACCCGCCGGAGCUCGGCCACAACGCUACCAACCACUUGUCCUGCCAAAUUGGCUUCAACCGCCGGCGGAGCACUGCUCCUGACGGUGAGAUAGAAAUAUUCAACGCCGAGAAGUAUUUCAGCGGCAAGAUGGACGGCAACUCCUCUGAGCCCAGCUGCGGCCCAACCCCGACGCCGACUGCCAAGAAGGACGUCCGUAGGCGGCCGCGCUCGGUGUCGAGGCCCAGCAGCAGCACCUCGGGGACGAGCUGCAACAGCCGCAGCACGCUACUCCCCGACCACCACCGUGGCAAACAAGGGCAUCUCGGCGUCGACGGAGGCCGACGAGAAGCCGACGGGAAGAAGUUCCUCGGCUUGUUUCCCUGCUCCUGCGCUAGGAAGCACGCGAUCAACAUCGACAAGGAAGCCCAGCUAGCGCCGGUUCGUCCCCAGGACGAGCACUUGGUGUGCGAAUCGAGGCUGAAAAGAAUCAGCCCUGGUCUGCGGCGCCACGACCCUUUCCCUUUCCCUCUCCCUCUAAAUCUCAACCCAAAAUUCAAACCAGAAGAGAAAGUAGUCAUCGGGGGCGUCCAAAACGUAAACUUCGGCGCCAAUUUUACUCCAAAAGGCGAUCUUGCCAUAGCGCAGAAAAGAAGCAGCUUCACCGCAUUGACUGCCGGCGAGGGCGGCCGAGACGAGGACGUCCUCAGCGAAUCCAGUUCCGACUUGUUCGAGAUCGAGAGCAUAUCGAUGAGCUCGCACCCUUUCUUCACCAUCGAGGCGUCUGAGUCGGCGACCGCCACCACCGGAUACGAACCGAGCGAGGCAAGCGUGGAGUGGAGCGUUGUCACUGCCAGCGUCGCUAAUUUCUCCAUGUCAUCGGACUCCGUAGAGCAGGGGGCGAGCUCACUGCGGAAGACGAGGAGGUCGUCAGGGUCGGGCCUUCUGCUGGGGUGCGUCAGCGAGAAGGCGGUCGACGUGACGACCGCUUCUGGAGGAAGCGGGACGAGGACGUCAGCUAGGGGCAGCGUGGUCCGGCGAGAGUGCGUCGAGUUGGAGGGGGCGGUGACGCCGACGGCAAGGUACCGCGUCGAGAGCUGCGGCGUGGACUUGAGUUCGGGCCGCGCCGGCCGGGUGCUGCCCCAGAGCCCAUUCGGAUCGAGCCGCUCCACUCAAGAUUAGUAUACUUAUACGUACUCAUUAAAUAUUUGUGUUAUUGAUAAAUAUGAAGGGAAAAAACGUACUAAUCUGCAUUUAUGGAUGGCAUCAAUGAUUUGCGUUGUUAAUUGUCAGUGUAAUAAAAAUAAAUCAAAUCAGUAGCUAUCUUGUUAUACGUUUGAUUUUGAUACAUGUGGUGGAUA